UCAGGACCCGCCGCCGCCGCCGCCGCCGCCGAGGGGAUUCCGACUCGCUCUUUUUGGCCGGAAAGAAAGAUGGGAUCGGAGGAGGGAAUGGAGCUGCAGCUGCGGGAAUUGCAGAAGCAGCUGGGGAAGAAGCAGAGGUUCGAAGAAGCCGUUUCCUCGAUCAAGUCGAUCCUGCAACGGUGCUACCCUUCCGCCUCGCCCUCGCUUCGCCGAUCGAUUUAUUCUGUGGUAUGUCGAGUCGCAACAAUCUUGAAGACGAGACACACGGCGCCUGGUUUUUGGCUCGCCGGAUUAGGGCUCUUUGAGGAGGCCGAAAGCUUGGUGUCUAAUCCUUCUGAGAAGGAAAAUUUGAAGAGUUGUAUCGCUCAAGCACGAGAACAACUGCAUAUUGCGGAUAAUCCCACUCCAGAAUCCACACAGUCUAAUGCAAGUAGAGGUUAUUUGUUUGAAGGGCAUCUUACUGUGGAUCCAGAGCCUCCUCGGCCCCAUUGGCUCGUGCAGUCUGAACUCAUGAACACUGUUUCUAUGCUUGCUGCGGCUGAAUCAUCUCAUCAAAUGGAGGAUACCCAUAUGUCCGAAACAGCUGCAAAUUUGAUUCAGGAAUUGAUGGAGAACCUUGAUACGACAUUACCCGAGAUCUUGGAUAACAUUCCCGUAGCUCCAAGAGCCCCACCUGCCAGUAAAGAAGUUGUUGCAAAGCUUCCAGUCAUUACUCUGUCAGAAGAAAUUCUAGCCAAAAUGGGACAUGAUGCAGAAUGUGCAAUUUGUAGAGAGAACUUGGUCGUGAAUGAUGAGAUGCAAGAGCUGCCAUGCAAGCACACGUUUCACCCUCCUUGUGUAAAGCCUUGGCUGGAUGAACACAAUUCUUGUCCGAUCUGUCGGCACGAGCUGCAAACUGAUGAUAAUGCCUACGAGAGCUGGAAGGAGCGUGAAAAGGAGGCUGAAGAAGAGAGAAAAGGCGCUGCAAAUGCUGUUCGAGGGGGUGAAUACAUGUAUGUUUAGUAAUCACUCGCUUAUCGCACCAUGUAGCUUAAUGUUGUGCCGGGCUUUGGAUACCACUGCUGUCGGCACUUCCUUGUUUAGUCUUCUUUUGAGGAGAUGUCAUUGACUAAAAUUGACUUAUUUGUAGUAGAACGCGUAAGCAGUCUUGAGUGGAAAGCGUUUCUUCCUAUA